AUGAGAAUCAGCGAAGGAAACCCUGCGGCGGCCACUAUGUUUUCUUCGGAAUCGAUGACCACUUCCACCGGAAGUUCGGGCGACGUUUAUCCGGCGAGCUCGGAGCUUCCCUUUCCUCCCAGGACGUUCUCUGUCGAGGACUCUGUUGUUUACAGAGGCGAAGGGAACGCUAACGUCGUUAUUGCGCUCUCGCAAGAGCGCAAGGUAAUUCGAUUCCGGAAGUCGUUGCCGGACGAUGUUCCACCGGAUGGCGGCAGACAACGAGCCGAACGAGAAGUGGAAUUCGUGAGGAGCGUGGCUUCCUGCUUUUUAGGCCCGUACACGCAGAUCCCCGAGAUUCUACGGUGCGACGCGAAAGACAUUGCCAGACUUUCGGAAGCCAUUCAAACACUCCGGCCAGAGAAACGACGCGACAAGAACAUUACAGAGACCUACGCCACGAAAUUUCCGGAUUACACUUUCCUUCGAACGAAACACGAUCCGCGGUUAUUCCGAGGCAAGGAAAUCUUUUCCGUUGAGAUUAAACCAAAACAAGGAUAUUCAAGGGACGACGAUCGAAAACUUCAAAAGUGUUCGUACUGUUUGAUGCAAUAUUACAAGCUGAAGAAGAAGGUGAUUACAUCCCGAAGUAGUUACUGUCCGUUCGAUCUCUUUUCGGGGGUGGAGGAACGAAUGAAAUCGGCGUUAAAAGGACUCCUGGCAUCCCCGCAAAACAAUCUGAAAAUUUUCAGGAACGGUGUAAUUGUUUACAAUCAGGAAUCGUCUUCGAGCGAUCUCGAACGUGUUUUGGCGGAAUGGUUUCGUAAUUCUCCGUCGAGUACCAGCGAAGAAUACACCGACGAAUUUUAUGAUUUAAUCUACGGCGCUCUUUUGUGUCCGUUUUCUCAAGAAGGAUUCAAGCCGUCUGCUGCAUACGAAAUAAGCGAACCUGCUCGACGCGACUUUGAGCCAAUAUCGUACAUUAACCCAGACGUUGUUGCAAAAGCAAAAAAACUUCUGUACUUCUCUGGUGAGGCAUGCAAUUUACAGGGGGAAACUUUACCAAAUAAUUCUGUGUUAGAGCGGAUCCUUCAUGUGCAAAAGCUGCCCUUUAUUACUACAGAGUACGUUUAUAACAUAUAUUCAACGUUUCGGUUGUUAUUAAAAGACGAUAUAGUAUAUAACAACUUGAUUAAAGCACAGACGUUUUGGGGUCAUCGAAAAUUCUCCUAUAAAUCUACAAAAAGUAUCACAGAAAGUGCGAAAACGUUAAAGGAUACUCCUUGGAGAACCUGUAUUACAGGCACCCACACUCCGAAUAGAACCACGAACAGACACAGUUAUACUGAACAUAGAAAUGUUAAUUCGGAAUUUCAAGGAACUACCAACAACGACCGUAUUAAAAGUGUACUUGUUCCCGGAAAAUCAAAUUUACUUCCUACGUACUUAGGAGAUAAUGAUCUAUUGUAUGGUAAAUCUGAUGUACCACAGAACGAAGGCAACGGAUAUUGCACUGAAGCAGAAGCGAAUUGUUGUAUAAGCUCUGAAGAUAUAUUAUGCUUACAGAAUUAUCUUCUGUUUUCGUGUGCCAGGGAUUGUUCAAUACUCAUAGCAUUUCGUGAACUAAAUACGGAUGUAGCGCCUGCUUCGAAUGAAGGUGUAAUAAAACUUUCAAAUGGACUCAGUUUUCUUUGUGACAUUGGAAUUUCGGAUUUAGAUCCAAAAAGUCUUCGUUGCAUUGAGAAACACAGACAGCGAGAUACUGAUGUUUUAAACUCCGUAAUAUCUGUCUUGGAAGAAGAUCUGAUGCUUAAAAAUCAUUCGACGUAA